CCCAAUUUACAAGUAUCAUAACAGUGAUGUAGCCUCACAACGACCACACACAACACACAUAUACAACUUAUAUAAUAUAACAUAAACUAUAUUUCCCUUCAUUUUGUUCCCCAAAUAAUGAUUCCACAAAUAGACAAUGUUAAUGUUAUAUAGAUCUGUCAAAUUUCGUGCAGAGAAGAAAAGGUAAAUUGUUGGUUCAACGAGGAGCAUUGAGAUGGAAGAAGACAACCUUAAUGACAACUAUAGAGAGUGUCUAAGAAAUCAUGCAGCUACACUUGGUAGCUAUGCAACUGAUGGCUGUGGAGAAUUUACUCUAGACGACACUUUCCCGGGUGGCCUAUGCUGCGCUGCGUGUGGCUGCCACCGCAACUUCCAUCGGAAAAUCACCUAUAGAGCAAGCUACAGUAGCGGGGGCAUGGCACAUGGGACGGGGGCCGAGAUGAUAGAAUAUGGUGGCGGCAGUGGAGUGCAAUCGCCGGAAUCAGAGCGAAGCAGCAAGAAGAGAUUUAGGACAAAGUUCACAGAAGAGCAAAAGGAAAAAAUGCUCGAAUUCGCUGAGAAGUUGGGGUGGAAGUUGCUGAGGAAAGAUGAAGAAGAUGAAACCGAGAGGUUUUGCAGAGGGAUUGGAAUUAGUAGGAAAGUUUUCAAAGUUUGGAUGCAUAAUCAUAAAAAUUCUUCCACUGCUUCUGCAUCUACUGGUAAUGCAUCUUCUCUUACUCAGUAGCUUGGAAGAAGGCCUCGUUCGUGAUCUUCUACAACUCUAUUAUCUUUUCUCUUUUGACGUCCAUCAAUCGUCUAAGAAUGACCUUUCUUCUC